UGCAGUACGCAGUUGUUACGUGAAGCGAAAAUCUGACAAAGAAAAUGUCUGGACGCGGCAAAGGUGGAAAAGUUAAGGGAAAAGCAAAGUCCCGCUCAAAUCGAGCUGGUCUUCAGUUCCCUGUUGGCCGUAUUCACCGGCUGCUAAGGAAAGGAAACUAUGCCGAGCGUGUUGGAGCCGGAGCACCCGUCUAUCUGGCUGCUGUGAUGGAAUACCUGGCAGCUGAAGUGUUGGAAUUGGCAGGAAACGCUGCCCGUGACAACAAGAAAACCAGAAUCAUCCCGCGUCAUCUGCAACUGGCCAUUCGCAACGAUGAGGAGUUGAACAAACUGCUCUCUGGAGUGACCAUUGCUCAGGGUGGUGUUCUGCCAAAUAUCCAAGCCGUGCUUCUGCCCAAGAAGACCGAGAAGAAGGCCUAAAUCGUACGCUGAACCUGCUAUUGUAAAAAUCGUCCUUUUCAGGACGACCACUUAUUUAUGAUAAAGAUAAAAUUGAAAUCAUUUCCGAUGGUAUAUUUGAUGAUAGUGCAACCAAACAUAAAUUUAUGUUUAUGUAUGUUUGGUGAUAGUGCAACCAAACAUAAAUUUAUGUUUGGUGAAACUGUCCAAGGUUGAGAAACAGAAGAUUGAAUGUUUCAUAGUUAAAAAAACCUAUUUUAAUCCACCU